AUGGAUCAGAAAAUUGAGCCAUGCUACACUUGCCGCAAUCGGCGCAUUCAAUGUGACCAGUCCGGUGUGCCUUGUGCGAAAUGCCAAAAGGCUGGCUUGGAGUGUUUCGACAAAAGACCCUUUCGGUGGGUUAAGGGCGUUGCGAUUCGCGGGAAGAUGCAGGGUCGGUCAUUUCCGAACAGUGGUGUACCCGAUCAUGAUGAUAAGAAGUCUGCUUUGAUAAGUUCAAGGCAGUCAAUGAUUCAAUGUGCCCAUGGACAAUCUGGAAGCUUGAAUUUCAAUAAUUUCUCAUUAAACACCAUACCAGACCCAUCGUUUGUUCUCCAGAAUCCAUCAUUUCUACAUCUGGACCGAACAUCACGAUAUUAUAUUGAUUAUUAUAAUGAGCGCAUUUGCAAACUGUUCAUAGUAUAUGACAGCAAUAAGAAUCCAUUCAGGAGUCUCAUUUCUCUUGGUCUGAAGGACCCGGUUCUUCUAAAGGCUCUUUUGGCACUUGCGGCUCGACACCAUGUUAACUCAGGCCAGUCUUUCGACCAGGCUGAACUUCCAACAGAGCUGAGGCUCGUCAACGCCAAUAGGGAUGCACUUUCCUUCAAGCAGCAGGCUAUAGAAUCAUUAUCCCACUAUUUGCGCGAUAACCGAAAUUACAAGCAAGACACGAUAGUCGCCAGCAUAUUUCUGUUGGUAUUCUUGGAUUUGAUCGAGUCCGGCAGCGAUGGCUGGAAUUUUCAUCUCGAGGGUGCAAAAAAGUUGAUUGCUUCUACUUAUCUGCCGUCUGGAAGCCCUGCCGGGGUCAAUCAAGGACCAGGCGAGACUUUGCAAGAGAUAAGGGGGUUUAUCACUAAACAAAUUCAUCUAAUUGAAACUCUCGGGGCUACCUUUUCACGGCCCAAGUUACUUUCAAAGUCCAGCUCUUUCAACUUACAGGGAAUUGAACCCCAAGAAACAAUUGAAAAGUCUUUUCUCGGGUGUCCGGAAUAUCUACUAACAGCUAUCCAAUGCCUUUCUGCGCAACGAGAUAGUAUCACAGCAUCUACGAUGCUCGAUUCUGUCACGGCCAUCUCUAGCAAGGAGGAUACAGCAUCAUUGCUGAAGCUCAUUCAGGAAUUUGAUUGUUAUGCCUGGGCUUCGGGUCUACAGCAGUCUCGAGACUCAUCACCCCAAGAUACUACAAACCUCUACCUGUUAUCACAAGCAUACAAAUUGGGGUCUCUUCUAUAUGGCGGAAGGGUUCUUAAUGCCAUAGCGGAGGAGAACACCGCACAGGAUGAUCUUGUCUCGGAGUUAUUGGGCUUGAUUGACUCUUUGAAGGAUGAUCCGGCUUUAUUCAAGUGCAUUCUCUGGCCAAUCUUCGUGGCUGGGAUGGAAUGCCAGUGGGAAGCUCAGAGGACUUUUCUGCCAAGAUUCUACAAGAAUAUUGGCUACAAGAUUCGCCAGCAGCUCGAUCGCGAUGGAUCUUCGACAUUGGUCAUUUAG